CGUCUGUUGAUCUCAAUUACCAAUUCUUGUUGAAAAUGGCGAGCAUCGCAACCCCAGCUGUCGUUAUGGACAAUGGUACUGGUUUGACCAAACUUGGUUUUGCCGGUAACGACGCUCCAUCUUUCGUGUUUCCUACUGCUAUUGCAACCAACUCAAACUUUUCAGGAAAACCUUCUGCUCCAUUGAACAGACCACGAAGAUCUGGGCCUUCGGGUUCUGGCGCUUCAGCAAUCAAUAGCAAUCUUAGCAACAACAAUGUGGCCUUGAAAAGAGGCAUGGAGGACCUAGACUUUUAUAUUGGCGACGAAGCUCUCGAGGCAUGCAAUGGUCCAAACUACUCACUAAGCUAUCCCAUAAAACAUGGUCAAAUUGAAAACUGGGAUCAUAUGGAGAGGUUUUGGGAAAACUCCAUAUUCAAGUAUUUGCGAUGUGAGCCAGAGGACCACUAUUUUUUGUUGACUGAACCUCCAUUGAAUCCUCCUGAAAAUAGAGAAAAUACUGCUGAAAUCAUGUUUGAAUCCUUCAAUUGUGCUGGUUUAUACAUAGCUGUCCAGGCUGUCUUAGCAUUGGCUGCCUCUUGGACCUCCUCAAAAGUUCAAAACAGGGUUUUGACUGGUACUGUUAUUGAUUCUGGUGACGGGGUCACCCAUGUUAUUCCUGUUGCUGAAGGGUAUGUAAUUGGUUCAGCAAUAAAAAAUAUUCCAAUUGCUGGAAGAGACAUCACUUUGUUUAUUCAACAAAUGCUUAGAGAAAGAGGCGAGGCCGAUUCGUCUUUAAGAACUGCCGAACAGAUUAAACAAAACUACUGCUAUGUUUGUCCUGAUAUUGUUAAAGAAUUUAGAAAAUUCGAUAAUGAUUCACAAAAGUUUUCUCAGUAUAUCGUGGAAAAUCAAAACAAAACACAAAAAAAAAUUGUUGAUAUUGGUUACGAAAAGUUUCUAGCUCCUGAAAUCUUCUUCAACCCAGAAAUAGCUUCAUCCGACUUCUUAAUUCCUCUACCAACUGUUGUUGAUCAAGCUAUACAAUCAUCUCCGAUAGAUGUAAGAAAAGGAUUGUAUAAAAAUAUCGUUCUAAGUGGUGGUUCUACAAUGUUUAAAGAUUUCGGUAGAAGAUUACAAAGAGAUAUAAGAGACAUUGUCAAACAAAGAAUCGAAGCCUCAGAAAGACUAUCAAAUGCUAAAAGUACGGGAGUCGAGGUUCAAGUUAUUUCUCAUAGAAGACAAAGAAAUGCUGUUUGGUUUGGUGGUAGUUUAAUGGCUCAAACGAGUGAAUUUAAAGCGUAUUGUCACACUAAACAAGAUUACGACGAAUUUGGUCCAAAUAUUGUAAGAAAUUUCAGUUUAUUCAGUGUUCCAUAAUUGUUUGGUUUACUCAUUUGUGGGGGGGGGGGGGG